UCAUGAACUGAUUAUGAUCAUAGAUUUAUAAUCUUUUUUCAUAUGACAUGUGGAACGUUUUUUUGGUUAUGAAGUUUUUGAGAAGUCUUGAUUUCUUUCUUUAAAAAUUCUUCGUUCAAUUAACUUCACAAUGACCGCCAGGCUUCUUAAAAACUUUAAUAUCAGUAGGGUGGCUAGUACCCGAUUAUUCAGCAGUGAAAUUAAGAAGGUCACCCUAAUUCCUGGCGAUGGAAUUGGUCCAGAAAUCUCUGCUGCUGUACAAAAAAUCUUCGCAGCAGCUAAGGUUCCAAUCGAAUGGGAAACUGUAGAUGUUACCCCAGUCAAAGGCCCUGAUGGAAAAUUUGGAAUUCCUCAAGCUGCCCUUGAUUCAAUGAACAGGAACACGAUUGGAUUGAAAGGUCCAUUAAUGACACCUGUUGGAAAAGGUCACAGAUCUCUGAAUUUGGCAUUAAGAAAGGAAUUGAAUCUGUAUGCUAAUGUUCGUCCGUGUAGGAGUUUAGAAGGAUAUAAAACUGCUUAUGAUGAUGUGGAUGUAGUUACCAUUAGAGAAAAUACAGAAGGUGAAUACUCAGGUAUUGAGCAUGAAAUCGUAGAUGGAGUAGUACAAAGUAUAAAACUGAUCACAGAGGAGGCUUCCAUGAGAGUUGCAGAAUUUGCUUUCAAAUAUACUCUUGAAAACAACAGAAGGAAGUUGACGGCUGUACAUAAAGCAAAUAUUAUGAGAAUGUCUGAUGGUCUUUUUUUGCGAUGUUGCCGUGAAAUGGCCCAGAAAUACAAGGAAGUGAAAUUUGAAGAAAAGUACCUCGAUACCGUUUGCUUGAAUAUGGUGCAAGAUCCCAACCUAUAUGAUGUUCUCGUCAUGCCUAACUUAUAUGGAGACAUAAUGUCAGACAUGUGCGCAGGUUUAGUCGGUGGAUUAGGUCUUACACCAUCUGGAAAUAUUGGAUUGAAUGGUGCAUUGUUCGAAUCUGUUCACGGUACUGCGCCUGAUAUUGCUGGUCAAGAUAAGGCAAACCCAACGGCACUCCUCUUGUCAGCUGUUAUGAUGUUGAGAUACAUGAAACUCAACAUGCAUGCUGAUUUGAUUGAAAGGGCUUGCUUUGACACCAUCAAAGAACACAAGUUCCUUACUGGAGAUCUUGGAGGAAAAGCAAAAUGUUCAGAGUUCACGCAGGAAAUUUGUAAUAAAGUAGCUGCUGCUUCUUGAAUAUGAUUAUGCUGUUUAGGUAACGUGUGAUAAUUCAGAUUUAGAUACCUGAUUUUCAAAUAUUUAUUAUAAUCAAAACUAAUUUUAAGUAGGUUUAAGAUACCAACUUUACCAUUUAGAGUAAGUCAAUUUCACCAAUGCUCAUUCUCCCAAAGAAUCAGAUGUUAUUUGUAAUGUUUGUUCUGUGUAUUACUUGAUGAGUUUGAAAAUUGAUAUUUUUCGAAAAAGUAUUAAAAGUCCAUCCUGAAACCUAAUUGAUCUUAUGAAUCUUUGAAAGUAAUUUUCUGAAUUAUCUGUGUUUUAAUUGUGUUUUUUCAAGCCAGUGAGUAAAUCGCCAAUUUUAUCUUUAAUUUUUUUCAUAUCAUUCGUAUUAUGUCUGCAAAAAUUUAGUAACACAACUUUUAGUGUCUUUUGGUUAUUAAUAAAUUCUUGUCUUUUA